UAGGGGGCUUUGUGUUUGUGUCCCUCGCUUCAUAUCCACAUAUCAGUUUCUUGCCUCACAAAGCCACAAGCUUCUCCUGCUUCUCGGACUUGAAGGACUCAGAAAAUGUCCCUGUGCUUCUCCUCCGCCGCAUUCAAUCUUCACUCAGCAAAAAACCAGAGCUUCUUAACGCGUUUCUCUUCUCACUUCACCAACCCAACUAAGGUAACCUCUUCUCUCUUUACUGGGUUCCCAUCAUCUCCGUUAAGCUUAUCUGAAGUCGUUAAGUUCAGCAAAGACAGACUAAAACCCAUUUCGGCUUCAACGACCCCAACUGUUGAAACGACCGUUACACCUUCAUUCAGGAACAAAAGUCCCAAAGACAUUAACGUUUUGGUUGUGGGUGCAACUGGGUACAUUGGAAAGUUUGUGGUUAAGGAGUUAGUGGAUAGAGAGUUCAAUGUUAUAGCUAUUGCUAGGGAGAAGAGUGGGAUUAGAGGUAAGUUUAGCAAGGAUGAGACUUUAAACCAGUUGAAAGGAGCCAAUGUGUGCUUUUCAGAUGUGACCAAUUUGGAUAGUUUGGAGAAAUCUAUGGAAGAAUUGGGUGUUUCAAUUGAUGUAGUGGUUUCUUGCCUUGCUAGCCGUAGUGGUGGUGUGAAGGAUUCUUGGAAGAUAGACUAUGAGGCAACAAAGAACAGUCUUGUUGCCGGUAGGAAUCGUGGGGCUUCGCAUUUUGUGUUGCUUUCUGCAAUAUGUGUGCAGAAGCCUCUUCUUGAAUUCCAGCGCGCAAAGCUGAAGUUCGAGGAUGAGUUGAUCAAGGAAGCUAUGGAGGACAGUGGUUUCAGUUAUAGUAUUGUGAGGCCAACUGCAUUCUUUAAGAGCUUGGGAGGUCAGGUUGAGUUGGUGAAAGAUGGGAAGCCGUAUGUGAUGUUUGGGGAUGGGAAGUUGUGUGCUUGCAAGCCGAUUAGUGAAGCGGACUUGGCUUCGUUUAUUGCUGAUUGUGUGUUGAGUGAAAAUAAGAUUAACCAGGUUUUGCCUAUUGGUGGACCGGGGAAGGCAUUGACACCAAUGGAGCAAGGGGAGUUGCUGUUUAGACUUGUGGGGAGGGAACCCAAGUUCUUGAAAGUGCCGAUUGAGAUAAUGGACUUUGCUAUUGGGUUGCUUGAUUUCCUUGUAAAGAUAUUUCCUUCAAUGGAAGACACAGCCGAGUUCGGAAAGAUUGGAAGGUAUUAUGCGGCUGAGAGUAUGUUGGUUUUGGAUCCUGAGACCGGAGAAUAUAGUGCUGAGAAAACACCAAGUUAUGGCAAAGACACGUUGGAAGACUUCUUCCAGACUGUGCUGAGAGAGGGGAUGGCUGGCCAGGAAUUGGGGGAGCAAACAAUUUUCUGAGAUUGUGCUCUGGUGACAAGUGUGUACAUUCAAUUUCUCAAUUGGUUCAGCCAAUUUUGUACUAUAGUCUGCUUCAAGGAUGCCUAUUGUGUUGUGCCAGGAAUGUUACUAGGGCUACGAAGACAGAAGGUAUAAUAAUAAGAUCUCCAGGACAGUGAGGGACUGUGUGGUUAUAAGAGUAGAGGGAUGAAAUGGAAGGUUGCUGUCAAGGACAGGUAAUGAAAUACUUAUAAAAGCAGUUCUCAAGCAUUUCUGACAUACUCCUUCAGUUUGUUACUAACCAAAAUGGAUUGUCUCAAGUACUGAACUCUAUGUUGGCCAAAAAUUGGUGGGGGAGGGAUGCCGGUCGUGGUUGGCAUUGGAAGAAAUGGAGCUUUAUAUGUCUAUGGAGGAGUCUUUAAUCCAUGAUCUAUGGGGUGAAUGCAAGCAUAGCUUUGCGUAUCUUUUUGUUAGAGCUCUGUACACCUGCUGAAGAGAUUUGUGUCUCUCUGAUGGUUCUUUGAAGAGAGCAUAUUCUGUUGUUACAUGGUUGGGUGGAAGGCAAGGAGCCUGAUAGUUUGGUUAUGAAGGUUGUUGAGUUGUAUGAGGUGUUUAGGGUAGCGAACUAAAAGGCACCAGAGCAAAGUGGUGGUGUUUAGUAGCCAAAAGAUGAUGUCCUCUGCAAUCUGGGUUGCAUGAUGAAUACUUUGCUACAGUGGAUGUGACAAGUGGACAGUGAGGGCUUGGGGGAGUAGUGAUGACUGGGAGCGAUGAAGGUGAGCUCAUGGGUGCAAUGGGGCUGAUUCUAUCCUUGCUUCUAAAUCAGUUUUGGCUGCUGAGUUGAUAGCUUUACAGAUUGGUUUUCAGUUCGUUAUUGAUGCUAGCAUCUUUCCUCUGAUGAUCGGUGCUGGGUCUGAAGUAUCCAAUGUUGAUCAUCUCUAACGUGGUGAUCAAAUUACAGAUUGGAUACUUUUUGACAAGAUAAUUUGAAAGUCUAAACUUAUAUCUCAAGUACUUCUCAUUCUGAUUUCACUCUCAAGUAUACGUGUCUUUAAGUUGUUGAGAUAGCAUCGAAGAUCAAGAUGGUUUGCUGAAUCUGCAAUUGUUUCUUUAUGAUUUUGGAGUUUUGGUCAUCUCUAAUUGAUUAUGCUUUUGUUAGUUGA